CGCAAAUCUCGAGUCAUGGAUGAUCUUCCAGAGAACCGACAGCAAGAAGAAAUAACUGUGCUCAAAAGCAUCUAUGGAGAAGAUUUCAUUAAUUGCCCCCCUCCAAAAGCCUGGAAGGGAGCACCACGGCUACCAGAAUUUAUCAUUCGGGUUCGACAUCCGGACCCUGAACAUGCCUCCAAGAUCUUCUUUAAUCUCCAUGUCAAGUUUCCGAAGACAUAUCCGACGUUAGCACCGCCAAUCCUGACCGUACAACAGCAGUAUGCAGGCUUGAAGCCGCACGAAAUAGCCAAGAUAUCCGCCGUGAUUCUUUCAGAAACGCAGAAGUUGAAGGAUACUGAGACGGUCUUCUCGGCUGUCGCCGCAGCCCAAGACUGGCUCCAGAACAACGUUAUGCCACCCGUCGAGCCCGUUGGAUCGCUGGCGACGGAGAUGAACCGCCGUGCCCUCGAGGCGGAGCAGGCGCAUCUUCAGCGGAAGGAAGCACAGGCCGAGGAAGCUCUUCGCCGCGAAGCGCAGCGUCAGCUUGAGCUCGAGGAGCAAAUCCGUGCAGAUGCAGAGCGUCAGCAAGCCGAACGUGCACGGCUCAAUCGCACCCGUGAACGCUCAGAAUCUGAUGCGACAGAGACGGCCGUCAGCACGCCCGUCGAGGACGGGACGAAGAUUGUGUCCUUCCCCGAGGAGAUUGUCUGGGAAGAUGUUCAUUUCUCGCACGUCAAGCUCUACCAGGCACAGAAAGAGUGUCUCGGCAUAGUCUGGCAAGCGGAGCCUAUUUGCGACAGCGAGCACUCGCUGCAGCUCGAGCUUCUCGUGGUAGAAUUCAACGGCAGGUACUAUUCGACGACGCAUGGACGCAAGAAGCUCAAGACCCUUGCCGACGAUCUACGCAGGCUCUCGAGCGUGCGGCAUACGAACCUACUCGCGGUACUCGCAUGCAAGCUGACGCUACCCAACACGAACACCCCGCCAAAGCUGACAAUCUUGCAUGAACGACGGCCUUCGUUGACGCUACACGACGUGCUUGAAGAUUGCGAGUCUCUGCGCGAAGACCGCGCCUCAGAUUAUCUCACCCAGAUCCUUUUGGCGCUCAACGCUUUGCACACUGCAGAUGUUCUCCAUCGCGGGUUGAGCACGAAGUGCGUUGGUCUUGUCCCCGGGAAGCACCCGGGGGAUCCGAAAGUCGUCAAGAUUUUCAAAGUCGGAUUCCACGUCGCACUGUUCGACAUGAACCGCUCCGAGCGGUUCCUACAGUGGUGCCCUGGCAAGCCAGAACAUCAGAACAUGCCUGAAGGCUGGUUACCGAAGGAUGCGCUCGAGUCGCCUCUUGAGUACACGAAGAACCGUGACGUUCACUCUAUCGGAAUCAUCUUGCUCCAGAUGCUACUCGGGCUGAACGUUGUGGAACGCUACCCGGACUUCCAUAUAGCUCUCCGCAGCUCGGGUAUAUCCCAGUCUAUGCAGCAACACGUGCUCGCGAUGCUUGCACCGACCAAGAAACAUGUUUCGCCGCACUCGCUUUUGGCAAGCAUGGCAGGCGUAGCGCUCAGCAAUGCAAUGCGUACGCCGUCUAUUGCAAUCAACGGUAAUGGGCACGGCCCGAAGACGCCGCAUGCAAUCACAAACUACAGCGGCUCCCCCGAGUCAGACUACUUUAAUAAGACGAUUGCCGUACGGCCAAGACAUGCGAGCAGGUGGAAGGAAGAUUGGGAAGAACUUGAACUUUUGGGUCGUGGAGCGUUUGGUUCCGUUGUCAAAGCGCGGAACAAGAUGGACUCGAGAAUUUAUGCAGUCAAGAAGAUCCGCUUGCGCACAAAUCAGAAUGACCAGAAGAUCUUCCGCGAGGUCGAUACGUUAAGCAGACUCAACCACCGAUACAUUGUGCGGUACUACACAACCUGGAUCGAGACCUCGGACGACGUCUCAACGGCGACAUCGGCGGUGGGAUCGUCUGCUGGCACUUCCGUUCCCGGCGCAGCUCACGGGAACGGGUCUACGACCGAAGAGGAGAGCGACCCAUUUGCCAUCAAUCUUGAUGACCUUGAUGACUUCAACGAUACGCCGAGUCACAGUUUCCCGGCUAUCACCUUCACGCGGAGUGGCACACCCCGGUCAGACGAAGGCGAGUCCGGCAGCAGCGACGAAGACGGGACCUCGAGCGACGAGGUGGCGUCGCCUGUGAACGGUCGCGGACGCGAGCUCACGAAGCGCACUGGGACGCCAGUGCCCUCCAUCUCGCGGACGUUAUACAUUCAAAUGGAGUAUGUCGAGCGCCAGACACUCAAGGAGCGCAUCGCCGAGGGUUUAAGCGAGAGCGAGACGUGGCGGCUCUUUCAACAGAUUGUCGACGCGCUCGUGCACAUGUCGAGCAUGAACAUCCUGCACCGUGACAUCAAGCUCACGAACAUCUUCAUCGACGGCAAAGGCGACUGCAAGAUCGGGGACUUUGGCCUUGCGACUAGCGCCCUGGCUGUCGUCGACCCGACUGAUCUCAUCCAGACGCCGAUCGUAGAUGCGGACAUGACACUUGACGUUGGCACCAGGCUGUACAUCGCCCCCGAGGUGCAGUCAUCCAAGGGCAAGGCACGCAAUCAUGCGAAGGCAGACAUGUACAGCCUGGGCGUCGUCUUCUUCGAGAUGAACCAUCCCUUCACGACGGGCUUUGAGCGCAUCAGGGUCUUAGAACAUCUAAGGACGCCAGAGAUCAUGUUCCCUUCUUCAUGGGAUUCACACCGGACGAGGCAAAAGCAAAUCAUCUCCUGGCUCUUGAAGCACGAUCCCGACGAGCGACCGACUGCUCUCGAAUUGUCUCAGAGUAAUCUGUUACCUCCACGAGUAGAAGACGAGUUCUUCAAGGAUACGCUGAAGUUAAUAGUCAAGCACGAUUCGCCGUACCGCCAGUCCGUCUUGUCCACGCUUUUCAGCCAGACCACGAAACCAUCGCAUGGAUUCCUUUACGAUCAAGACGAAGUGCCCGAGCAUACGACUCUUAACGGCAUGGUUCACGACCGCAUGGUGCAGAUCUUCCGCCUGCAUGGCGCCGUCGACAUGGAGCCGCCACUGCUUCUUCCUGUCCUCAACCCGGACGACGACUACUCCCGUGCUGUCUUCUUGGAUCGUAAUGGAGAUGUGGUAUCUCUACCGAACAACCCGCUUGUUCCCUUCGCUCGAAUGGCCGCCCGUACCAAUAUUCGCAGAAUUAAGCGCUUCCACAUUAGCGAUAUUUACCGACCUGACCCCGUCGCCGGUCAUCCCAAGGCUUCCAAAGCUGCGGUAUUUGAUAUCAUCACACAGGAUCUCGAGUGUGGCCCCAGUGCUGCAAUAGCUGAAGCUAUCGCCAUUGUCAACGAUUGCCUCGACAGUUUUGCCAAUCUUGAAAAGUAUGAAAUCCACCUGUCUCAUAGCAAGAUAUACGAUACCCUCUUCGAUCAGGUACCGCCCGAGCUCCGGAAUGACGUGCUCAAGCUACUCGUACAAUCAAACGCAUCACCGUCGCAGCGGCGGCAGCUUCUGAUUGAGAAAGGUCUGACUCGGAGCUUCGUCGAUUGUAUCGAGGUAUUGGCGGACGGUGACGCUGAUGUCGACGAGCUGCUCUCGCGGCUUGAACGCGUAUCGCCGCAGAUGGUCAUUGGUAUCUAUCAAGCUGCACAAGAGAUAAAGAGUACGAUGCAUUGCGCAACUGCGACGGGCGUCACGCGCACGAUCUACUUCCAUCCGCUGUUCAUGAUGCGCAGCCCGACGAAUUUCUUUGACGGGCUUUGCUUCGAAGUCGUCAAGCGCCAGCAGCCUCAGCAGAAGAGGUCAGAUACGCUGGCUAUUGGCGGGCGGUACGACAAGUUCGUCAACCGGUUUAGCCCGGUGCGAUCGAGGACCGAAGGGUUAUCUGCCGUCGGCGUACAAAUCUCGUUGGAGAAGAUCACAGUAGCCCUGGCUUCCUACCAGAGCGCCUCGCAGAAAUCUCUCAAGGAGCGCAAGUCCUACGGCUACUGGAGUCCUCGGCGCUGCGACGUCUAUGUCGUCUCACACCAAUCCGGUCACCUCGCAGAUCGUUUGGAAGUAACUUCGCUACUGUGGCGCAACAGCAUCAGUGCGGACAUGAUGUAUGAGUUCGGCCUGCAGACAGUCGAGCACGAAAAUGUUGUCGAGCAGUGCUCGAGAGAAGGCAUUUUGUUUAUCGUAUACCCGCGCCCUCGCAACGCCCGUCGCGACCAGCCUGCAUUCAAGGUGAAAAGCGUGCUGAAGGGUGUUGAAUACGAGUUGUCUAAACAGGAACUUGUACCAUUCCUCCACCAGCAAAUCGCCGAACAGAAGCGAAUUGACGCUUCGCUUUCUGGGGCUCCCCUCAUCUCGGUAGCAGAGGGUACACAGGCUGUGGCUGCGUCCAAGGAGGCGACGGGGCCAGAGGUGCAGCUUCUGCUUCAAGGCGACGCCAAAAAGCAGCGAAAGCAGACGAAACAGAUGUAUAUGGACAGAGCCUUCGAGUUUGGGGUCGACCUGAAGAACGCAAUGGCUCAGUCGAACGUUCCUAUCGUCGCAGUCGACGUCAGCGACUCCCUCUUCGACCAAAUGACGAAGAGUACCAUGUGGCUCUCGGACGAAAACGCUUGGAAAGCCCUGGUGGCCCAGUUUCCUACGUCGCAGUCCUCCUAUGCUCACCAGAUUCGCGAAGCGGUGCUGAGGCGCAAGGCUGACGGGUGCAAGUUUCUCAUUCUCUUUGCGGUGAAAGAAGAGCGGCCUUUCCUUAUCAAUCUCUAAUACAUGCCCCUUUUGAUAUCUCCAGAUCACAUGCUUAAUCUCACAUACGCACCUCAUCUCAAUCUUGUAUAAUUUCGCAAACGCACAUAUGUAUGUAGCCAUGUAAUGGAACCUCACGAAUGGGUACACCCC